UGUUAGUCCUCUAUAUGGCUGGCAUGCCUUGGGCGACGUUCCCCCAUUGUCUAAACAUAGAGCAGGUGGGCAGAGGAGCCAAGUGUGUCGCUAUAUAAGUGACCAGGGUCAUUUUUUAGUGUCCUCUCAAGCGUAAGUGAACAACUGAGAAGCUCCUGACAUAAUGGCACCCAAAAAGGCAAAGAAGAAGGCAGCAGAGGCCAGCUCUAAUGUGUUCUCCAUGUUUGAGCAAGCCCAGAUCCAGGAGUUCAAGGAGGCUUUCACCAUCAUGGACCAGAACAGAGACGGUUUCAUUGACAAGAAUGACCUGAGGGACACAUUCUGUGCACUGGGCCGUCUUAACGUGGGUAAUGAUGAGCUGGACGAGAUGCUAAAGAUGGCCCCUGGACCCAUCAACUUCACCAUCUUCCUCUCCAUGUUUGGCGAGAAGUUGAAAGGUACUGACCCCGAGGAGACCAUUAUUAAUGCCUUCAAGAUCUUCGACCCCGAGGGACAGGGAGUCCUCAAGGGAGAGGAUAUCAAAUAUUACAUCAUGUCUCAGGCGGACAAGUUCACCGAAGCUGAGGUUGAAGACAUGUUCACAAACUUCCCCCUGGACGUCGCCGGGAAUCUGGACUACAAGAACCUGUGCUACGUUAUCACCCACGGAGAGGACAAGGAGGCGGAGUAAAUGAGCCAAUCACGAGCUCUCAAUCACCCAACCACUCACCUUGGACCGCCCACUACACAUCAUCGCCCUGUACACAUGACCCGUUUCCUUUUCCACAUCUCAAUUUCCCCACAAUAAAAAACAAAUAAAAAGGA